UAUUCCCGUAACCGUUACCACGAAAGUGACUAGAUAGGCAAACAUUUUAGUCAACAACGAUCUUCGUGUUGUUUCUUCGUUACAUCUGCACUUGUACAUCGCAGCUAGCUACAUUCCAGGUUAUGAAACUGUUCGAUUCGUUAUUGAGGGUUGAGAUCUACCAAAUUCUGUACGUCCAGGAUGUGUUCUCUCGCUACGAAGAAUUUCUGGCCGGUGUCACCAGGGCAUUCGAUCCGAAAAUACUGUUUCUCACCGUGAUUCCGCUCGUCGCUGGUCUCAGUACAACGCUCUACUCGAAGCUGCUGCUUAGUGUGCUGCUAACAGAGUAUGCUAACACAUUUGCUAAAUGGGUGCUUGCAGAAGAUCGACCCUUCUGGUGGCUGAACGAAACGAAAGAAUUCACAUCCCUGAACCGUCCCAAAAUCUACCAAAAUGAGUUAACUUGUGAACCAAGCCCGGGAAAUCCGUCCGGUCAUCUGAUGACCUCCACGACCUAUCUGUUUGUGAUAUUCUCGGUGCUAGAGGAAUAUUUAAGAAAAUAUGGAAGAGUCCCAAUCAUAAUGCUGCGUAUCGCCUACUACACUACGCUAUUCUUUAUAUCGGUCUCGCGGAUGUACUUUGGUUGCCAUUUUUUGCAUCAAUGUAUCUUCGGCGUGAUCCUUGGUAUAGGCAUGAGUAAGGUGUGUCUUUCGCACCGACUAGAAAAGUACAUUGUGAAGCAGUCGGGCAAGAAGAGAGUCGGAUUCGUCGUGCUCAUCUGUUUGAUACUGCUGGGACUCUACUGGAUACAAAAGCUUAUGGGAAUUGAUCCCCAGUGGGCUGUUAAAAUGGCCUUCAAGUGGUGCGAUGAUCCUUUCUACCUGAAACCGACAACUACAUUGGUGUUCAGCAUUAUUCGACUGACUGGCGCUUUACUGGCUUUCGCUAUGGUUGGACCUGUUCAAAAGGCCAAACCGCUUAAUAUGAAGCUCAGCAUUCCUAUGGUGAUGGCGAUGUUGGCAUUCCAAUGGAUAGCACUGGACAAUACGCCACGUUACUACGGGGUUGUGAUUUACUACUUAUACAGCUUAGUCGUUAAUUUUAUAUUCACUUAUGGCUUUCUGCGCUGGGUGCCGGCUCUGGCGGGUCAGGAAAUUCGGGUGUCUCGUAAAUCGAAAACUAACUGAAAAGCAGAACGUUACACCAAAAACUAUCCAAGCGGUGAUAUCUUCCGGCAAUUGUUACGUCGCUUCUCUGAGUAGCCAUCACGCUCGGUUAUUAGUAUAUUCUAGGGUCGAACCAACUGAUUAACCAGUGCGAUCUUCUCUGGACCCAUUAUCACAUAUCACACAAACGCAUAGAAAUCGCAGCAUCAAUACAUCUUUCUCCUGUGCAACUAGCAAACUCGCAAACCUUACAACAAAUCAACCUACUUACUACUUAAGAUUGCCUCGCACAAACACACGAAAUGCCUGCUCAAAAUAGAGAAUUAGCAAAUGAUAUUAGUGGAGCAUUAAACGCAGCCCUAUGGAAUCUAUGGUUUGUUCUCUUGCCCAAAACUGUUAAACAUGUUCUGAUUUUUUAUUAAAAUCUCGAAAUGACG